AGUCAAAAUAAAUUUUAAAAAUUUAAAAAAAUGGUCAAAUGUUGGCUUUUAAAUGACACAAUAAUUGAUCAACGGGAAGAAUGUCACCAAAACCCUCCUGUCUACCUAACCCUUGAGGAAUUGGCUAAUAUUGGUGUUGAAUACUUUUAUGUCCCAACAAACAAUAAUAAUGAAAUUGAGGAAAUAUCAACUAAAAGGGGGUAUAAUUAUAAAGAUGAAAUUAUUGUUUCUCGUGAUAAACUGCUUCAAAAUUAUGAAAAUUGUGUCAAACGAUUUUUUGAAGAGCAUUUACAUUUGGAUGAUGAAAUUCGCUAUAUUAUAGAUGGUUAUGGUUACUUUGAUGUGCGCAAUACAGAUGAAAAAUGGAUUAGAAUACUUUGCGAGCCUGGUGAUCUAUUAAUUCUCCCAGCUGGAAUAUUCCAUCGUUUUACUCUUACAAAGGAUGAUUUUAUACACGUUAUUCGCCUAUUCAAAGGCGAUCCGGUUUGGACUGCUUUUAAUCGAACAGACAAACAAGUAGAGAGUAUGGAUAUUAGAAAAACAUAUCUUUCACAGAUUGAUUCACGAAAAAUUAUUAAAUAA